GAGGGGCGGGACGCGCAGAUCCCGGUCCCGUCCUGCCCUGCGCUUCCCGGUCCGUUUCUAUGGGCGGUUCGGGAGCGUCUGCUAUGGAGUCGAUGCUGAUAAUCGGGGUUUUCCUCCUCAUCCUCCCGCUGCUCCGGGCCGCAGAGCCGAGCGUGGAGCCCGCGGACAGCGCUGUGGAUCCCGCCGUGCCGCCGGACACCCGCACUGCUUCCCGCCCGCCCGCCCCGGUCACGGACGUUGCCAAGCUGUGUGUCUGUGACCUGUUGGUGGCACAGUGUGAUGUCAAUUGCUGCUGUGACCCUGACUGCAGUGCAGCUGAUUUCAGCCUCUUCACUACCUGUUCAGUUCCUGUUGUCACAGGUGACAGCCGCCUGUGUACUCAGAAAGCUGCUGUGUAUUCCCUUGAUGUUGAAGCAAAUCCACCAGAAAGGAUAUUUACACUAACUGACCUAGUCAACCCCAGUGUUUUCUGCAUUCAUGCUGCAAACUAUAAACAAGCACUCUACUUCAGUCCCCCUGAAAUUCCUACUGCUGAGAAUUUUGAUCAGUUGCUUAAGGAGUUUGGAGGUGCUACUUUCAGUGCUGAGCCUGACAGCUGGAGUAUAGACACAGAGUCUCAAAACCCUGAUGCUAAUGAAACUUACAGAUAUGAGUAUGGUGUUCCUAUCCAGACAGUGGAUGCAUUUCUAAGACUGCCCAGUCCUGUUGUCUCCUCUUGGUGCUCAGAUGCAAAUCCUGCAGGGUUUUUAGUAAACCAGGCUACAAAGUGCACUAGGGCAGUGAGAGUGGAAAACUGUGGCAGUGUUGAAGCAGUCAGCAUGCUCUUCUAUAUCAACUCCAGCAUUUUAGCAGUGCCCAAAUCAAGUCAGGUGGUCAAUAUCACUGUCCAGUCCAUUGUUGUCCAGUCCCUGAGUGGCACGAAGACUUUACUUAAUGGGAGUGAUGUCCUCAGGCUCCCUGUGACUUUGGAUGAGCUGUGCAUAAAUCUAGUUCUUGGGGUGAGCUAUCACAUUACCUACACAGACACAGGAGAAAUAAUAGCAGCAGCUGCUUCUUUUGUCUUGGGGGCAAUCAACAAAGCAGCACUUUCAAUACAGCAGAGCUUUGAAAUCAGCUUCACUCAGGUGAAUACAACACCAGUUCCUCUCAGUGGCAGUCCUGGUUAUGUUGUUGGGCUGCCUCUCAGAGCAGGCUUCAGGCCACAAGGCUCUGGCAUCAUUCAGAGUACUGACAGAUACAGUCAACUGACCAUCAUGCAGAGCACAUCCAACCAGGACUGUCUGGCAGCACAGGGAGCCAGAACCCCAAUAUUAUUUGGUUAUAACAUGGUAUCAGGCUGUAAAUUACGAAUUACUGCAGCUAUGAAAUGCCAGCCCUUGUCUCAGACCCUCCUGGAUUUACUGAAGGGACAAAACUUUCCUGAGUACGUGGCAUCGUUUGGAAAUUCUCAAGCCCAGGAUGUGUUUGACUGGGUGCCAGUAAUAACUCACCUCCACACUGCUGACCAGAGCUCGUGCCAAAUACCAGUCUCACUUGAAAUAGAAGUGAAGUGGACUAAAUAUGGAUCCCUGGUCAAUCCCCAAGCCAGAAUAGUGAACGUUACAGCAGCAAUCACUACCACCACACUGAAGCAGCUUCCCUCAGGAAGGCAGAGGAUUAUUCCUGUAAUGAGUUCUGUUGUUUUCACUGAUAUUUCUGCACCUGCAGAGCCAGGCUAUAAAGCUUGGCCCACAAUUAAUGUCAGGUUACCCCAUGAUUUUUUCUUUCCUUUUGUCUAAGAAAGAACUCUGGAGCCCAGUGAGCUGCAAGUGGAGACUUAAAAAUGGAAGAAGAGAUGAAAGACUGCAGUAGCAGAACUGAAAUCUGCUGCUGAGAACAAGGCAUUGUUUGGGGUCAGACAGCACAGGUUUGCCUCUUAUUUUGGUGCUGAUUUGGUUGUCAACUAAAGGAGUGGAAUGUUGGUAUUUUUGAAACGAAUGUUAUAUAAAUAAAAACGUGGCACAAGCAGCAACAGAAAUGAGGAAACUACCAACAAUGGGAGCAGAAUGCCUGGCAAAGAAGGGAUGAACUACUCAGGAGCAGUCAGCUUGUUGAAAAAUUACCUUUUCAGCCUGGAUUCCUACCACUUGGACUGUAAGUUACU